AGUGGUGGUUCCUCAGCAGCCGCUGGUGAUAGCGGAAGUGGUGCAGUGACUGGCAACCAGGUCAGUGCUUCUGGUGACGCUCCUUGCACCCAUGGCUGUCAGGAUUCUGGACAGUCGAACAAUAGAACAGCACGACACAAAAAUUCACUGAGCGUGAAAUCAUCAGAAGGUUUGCAAGUGGUACCGACGCCUUUACAUCCAAUCGAAGAGAUGCCCAGGAUGCUUCUCUCCCGUUCACUCAUGCCACGAUCGAAGACAGCGGAAGAAGUAAUAACCAAAUGGGUGGAUUUCUCAUUUUUGGAUUUGGCUGGAACCGGAAAACAGCAGUUCCAGCGUUGCUCAGGAACACCACCCAGACAUUUGGAGGUUUUGCCGGAAGAAUGCGAUUACUGCAACUUUGGCUGUAUUCGUUUAUUGCGGCGCUCACGCUCAUUCCCCAAUUUAUCCUGCUUCGUCAGCCUCAUUCGAGCACCAUCUUUCGAUUGGGAAGAUGAUUCUCUACUGGAAGGUGGUUCGUCACUGUGGACAAGCACAGAUUCGGGAUGUUCAUCGGACGGUGAUACUGGCGACUCAUUGCAACAGAGUGGCGUUGUCGAGAAGCAAAAACUGUUGGAAAGAGCUAUCGAUUUCGAGGAUUGCAUUCGUUUUGUUGCAGCGCAAUCCUGA